AGUGUGGAUGUCUGAAACAGUUUUCCAUCAACAGGUGUCCCACAGAGGUGGACUAACGUCCCACUUUGCUGACUGGCAAUUGGCCAAGAGUUCAGCUUCACUGACGUUUCACUGCGUCACGCGGUCCUCUUUCUAUAUGCUAACUUUGUGGGUUUCGUGUUGGGACGGGGGGUUUCAGCGCGACCCUGCGAUCAGGGAGGAAAACUCUGCAGCAGUCCUCAUUAAAAUUCCCCGUCCGUACGCUCACCACGAGAACCUCCUGUGGUGGGUGGCACCGGCGUCCUGCGCGCCUCUUAAUUGCGCAUCAAGCAUUAAGGGGAGAUCACGGAUCACAGUUCCAUUACCCGUGGCCGCGGAUUACGCUGCCUUGAGGCUGGGAGGGGGUUGCUUCACGUCCCGCUAUUUACGGCGUUGGGGCUGAGAGAGGAAAGGUGGACGCAGAGGGGUCCAGAGGUCCAGCGAAGGGUGGCGCCCUGCGCAUGUUGUAGUCCAGCGCCUGGACGCACAGUGCCGCUUCCCAGGGGCCGGGGGACCCACAGCGACACGGUCGGCUCCUGCAGUCCGCUGCCUGGGCUCCACUGGCUUCUCGCUGCAGCUCAUGAUUCGGACAUUUCUGUGCGGGGACUGGCAACAUGUGCGCCCGGAUGGUGUGAAGUGUGACACGGCGGCUUUUGGGUUGCAUUUCACUCGGAUACGCCGAGCAGGCUGCCCGACGUUACGGCGCACCUUGUGCAGUAGGUAAGUCGGCUACAUCUUCAUCCCUGUACUUCAGAUUACACGCAUCACCCUCCAGCUGCUCUGCGCAUCCGGCGUGUUUUAUUGAUCGCUCUUACCUCUGCUUAUUGAUUAUGUUAAACGUCCGAUUUGUUGAAAUCUGCUCAGGGUUUCCGGGCAGUUAUGAGCAGCGGUGACAGACACGAAGGUCUGGGCUUCAAAUCACUGUCAGUGCUGCAGAACAUGUCACUGCAAGAUAUCCUCAUUCAUGCCCUAUCAGCUCAGAGCAUCAAUAAUGCAUUGCACGAUGUGAAUAUUGAUAUCAAGACUGGGAAAUGCCAUCGUCAGAAGUUGAGCUCGCGUUGCUUUCUGGAAGAAUCAUCAUGUAAUUGAGGAAUAGUUUUUAUUUAUUUAUUUUAUUCAGUGUGAUCUUAGGGGGCUUAAGAGGCUUGAAAAUCAUCUUAAAUGAAUGAACAUUACCACCUAAUAAAACAUCUUUCGAGGGUUUCAAUGGACUUUUGGUGACACUUAGUUCUUGAAGAGAGUACAGACUGAUUUCUCCAGUUUUUUUUCUUGGAUAAAGUUUGUGAAGACAAUAAAAGCCACGAGUCUUCCAGUCUGAUCAUCUCUGUCCCGAGUGCUUUAUUUGUCAGGCAACAUGGACAGAAACAAAGGAGAUAAUAGAAGAAACUCUCUUAAAAUGCCAUAGUGCCAAGAACAAACUGCAUCACCAAAUACCCCAGGAGUGUGGUUCAGCUUUGUUCAAGAACAGAGGGUUCGUAUAGAGAACAGUUUAAAGUGUGUGCUAAUUGAACCUGCCGGCCACUCUCCCCAUUGUAACGGGAAUGUUUGGUUGCUCGUCCUCCACAGAAACCCCCCACUCCUUUGUUCUGGGGGGACAAUCCUCCAGUGCCAUGUGUGCAAUGGUUUGGGGGGGAGGGAGCAGGGUCAGCAGGGGUAUUGACAUCUGCGGCUGACAGCUUCCUCAGAGCGAGCUGACAUGCUGUGAUACCAUGAAUGGGUAUUAGGAAACAUAUGAGCAAAGCACUUAACACUAAUGAGGACAUUUAUUCUUUGUCCACGAUGCUUGGGCACCAGUUUUACACAAUACUGCUGUUUUUGUCAUUUGUCUAAUGUAACUAGAAGUAAGGACAGCUAUUCGUGUCACGCAGUCACUCAGUUUAAAGCUUGGCUUCAUUUAGCAUCAAGAGUUCAGAGACCUUUUAUUUCUCAGCGUUUUUGGACUUAAUUAACCGAUUGAUUGUAGUUAGAGGUUGAUGUUAAAACAACUUCAAGUUUUAGUCACAGUAUCCCAAAUCUAGUGCUCAAACUGGGUAAUUAAUUGAUCUGUUAACCUUCAUAUAACCUGAAUUAUUAGUACAGCAUUGUAGUAGAUCAACUGUUUGUUGUUUUGAGCAAUUUGGGGAACAGUUGUUUAGAUAUUUGAGCUUUCUUCUUUUUUUCUUUUCGCCUCGUAUUGUCAGGUCUUAUAAUAUUAGAAGUGAUCACUGUUGUGAACUGAAUUGAGUAAGCGUCUUAAAUCUGCAGUAUUUCUGUUGGCCAAUAGAGUGGCGACUACUCUGGUUACAAAAAGCAGUCAUUGUUUAGAAGUUUACAGGAAAAUUCCUCUGGUGUUCACUUGAUCAAGACCUCAGGAAACACCUUUCCAGUGAGUUUAUGCUAUCACAAGUUUGACAUCUUAUUUAACACAACAGGAUAUACUUUCUUUUUAAAGUAAAAUAGAUGAUUAGUCAACGUACAGUUUUAGGGUUUGAGUAAUUCUUAUGCUAAUAUUGCACUGAGUUUGCUCUGUUCUUGGCUGUUCUUGGCUAGGAGGUGAUAUAGACUUAAAAUUAUAUCCAGGUAUUUAAAGGAAAUAAUGAUUUUUAUGGUUAUGUGGGAAAAAGGACUGAAGGGUGUUUUAUCAAUGGAGUUAUAGUUGCAAACAAAUUAAAGUACAUUUUUCUUUUACAGUGAGCUACUGUGAUUGAUGAUAGACUACUUAGUAAGUGUGAGUCUAUCAAGGUACCAGCAGCAGCAUUGUAGUGCAGUAGUAGUGACACAGCAUAAGUUUAACAGUAACUAAAGUAGCUUAACCUUGUACAUAAUGAGGAGAUGCACAAUAUUAUCACAUAAUAAAACAGAAAAAAAGGGGAAAAGUAAACGUAUGGCAUCGCUGCAUCGUUGAUGUUGUCAUAUGACACCUUUAUCAAUGGUUAUUAUGAGUGAUAUGAUAUAGCACAGCCCUGUUUCUCAGUCCGUAUCUUUACUCAGAAGACAAAAUAGUUAUGGCCUGAUUGGGGCUCUAAAAUCAGAGCCUACAAUGGGUAAUGUCACAGUAUAUCUUUUAUGUACAGUCUUUGCUAAAACACCAAAUAUUGAGAAGUAAAUUUAGCCAUUUUUCCAUCUGUUCUCUGUUUUUACUCUGUCAUUCAUGUUUCUGUCACAUGCGACUGCUCAAAGGUAGAAAGCCUCCAGAAACUUGUUCAAAUACAUAAACUGCAAACAAUAGGUUACAUGACAGGUUACCGCCCACAAAUCCCGCCACUUCUUUCUGAUCCCUGUAUUAUUAUGAAGGUCAAAGUGUCGGUCAUUUCAACGCCUUUCUACUCCUAUCUGCUGUCAACUUUAGAAGGAACUUGCAGUGGCCAGGAGCUGAACAGAAUCCACAGCUACUUUCUUAUCAGAAAUGUCAGGAAAAGCCAACAUUAACACCGAAAAACAACCAGAAAAUAUCAGCAAUCACAUCCAGAGCUGCACACAAAUUUAUCAGGGAGUUUCCUGGGAAAGGGACAUCUGGUUUCUGACUCUUGCAAACUGCAGUCAAACUGAUGGGAACGUUUUAAGGGAAUGUGGCUAUGAUGGUGUGAGCUGGUCCUGUACUUGUAAGCAGGCGUCUCUCAUGACUGGUAGAGAAUGGUACACUAUGAGUUGGAAUGCAGCCCUCAUGGGCCCCCUCACGCUGCACAUUAUGUGUUCUAAAUGGACUUUGCACCUUCCUCCAGUCUGACAAAACAGCAAGUGGCCAAAACAGGAUUUUACCUUAGCAAAGGAAGGAAAGCCAGCCAGCUUGCGCCUGUGUUUCUUUUCCUGUGUUCUCUAAAUGCCAUCCAGUAUUAACGAAGGCCCCUUAGCUACUUUGGAAAUUACUUUCAUUAAACCAAGAGGGGGAUUCAUAAACAGGAACUGCAGGGGAAGGUGGCACGCUGAAAGAAACCAAAAGCGGCUCUAUUCAACCUAGAAGAAAAAUAAAGUUUACCCCAGAGCCGGUUAUGAUCCUAUCGGUUAAAGAGUGCUCCCAUAGGACCAGAAGGAGACGGGGCUCGAGAAAAACAGCCUGACUUCUAAAUAAAAAAAGAAGAAAGGAAAGAAAAAGCGGCUCUCUUUCAGGGUGUUGACAUUUGAAAUCCAGCAUACUGUAUACAGUAGUAUCAGAACAGGCUCUAUUUGCCCGCUGGGGGGGUUCGAAAUGAAUAAUAUACCAUGUGGUGCCUCAGGUAAACAAAGGGUUUCAGUUCUUGGCAGCAGCAGAAGACCCACCUGCCCACAGCAAGCAGAGGUCACAGGAAAUUCAAACAGAAUGGUAAUGAAUAACUAACCAUUACGAUGAUUAAAGGGGGGCGAUGGGCACGGGGAGAUAAGUGUGUGGGGACCGUCCGAGCGUGAGGUGUUUACAAGAGGAAUUCCUCGCAUUCCUCAUCUGCAGUCAUGCCACUCCAAUCUGGACCUCCACCCACUGAUCCACUGAUGGUCACCCUCCAUACCAAGAGGGACCCAAGGGGCGUAAAAGGGUCCAUAAGCUCUAUCAAAGUUAAAAGCUGCUGCGAAUGUGUUGUGUAAGAGGGGUUAACGAUUUUUUAGGAGCGUUUGAUGGCGUCCGGAGCACUAAAAGCUCCAUAAACGAAAAACGACAGAGAGAAUAAUGGCAAAAUCUUUUGUUUUCCACACAGUCAGUCUACUGCAAAAUGAUGGUGCUUUCAGGGGUUUUUAGCUUGAUCAACUUUGUUUGAUAGCUCUGCAUGUUUAACAUCCCCAACAGCAAACGUGCUAUUUUUAGACCAGCUGUCAGAUUGGCUCUAGGGAUGAAAAUGUUGGUCUGUUUUUCAGUCCACAACAGUGCUCAAGACUGAAAUAUAUCCAACACUGUUGUAAGGGUUGUCGUAAAAUCGAGUUCAGAUAUUCAUUGUUCUCAGCAGAUGCAUGCUAAUCACUCUGAAGAUGUCCUGCUAUUUACUCCAGUGUUUCUAGAACCUAAUGAAUUUUGUCAUCUAUGUCAAAAAAUGCUGUAAAGUGCUGUGUCAGAUAAUCUGUAAUAAAUGAUGGACGUAGGUUUUGUGUCUUAAAAAGUGAAGCCAGUUCUGAACUUGCUUAAAUCUCCAUUCUUCUAAACAUCCUGCAGGGGAUAAAAAAUGAAGUCUAAUAGUAAAGAAGCCUAAAGGAAAACAAUCAUUCCUCUCAGCUGAUCUGUAAAUAUUUUCUUUAUGAGUUUUAUGAUCUCAGUUUUUGGUUUUGAGUCCUGCUGAAUGCAACAUUAUAUUCAUUUUUGCAAAAUAUGACCUUUUUUAGAGCCACUCCUUAAAGCUAAGAACAGGAAGCUUAGGAUACAAUUCACGUGGGCUCACCACAAUAGGACAAUGGAAGAGUGGAAAGGCGUUCCAUGGUCUGAAGUGCCUUGAUUUCUGCUGUCUCAUUCAAAUAUUAUGGUCAUAAACAACAUGAAAACAUGGCUCCAUCCUGCCUUGUAUCAAUGGUUCACAUUGCUGGUGGUGUAAUGUGUGAGGGAUAUUUUCUUGGCACACUUUGAGCCCCUUAGUACCACCUGGGGAGUAUUGUUGCUCACCAUAUCUAUCCCUUUAUGACCACAGUAUAUCCAUCUCCUGGUUUCUUGAACGUGACAAUGAGUUCACUGUACUCAAAAGGCCUCCACAGUCACCUGAUCUCAGUCCAGUAGAGCACCUUUGGGAUGUGGUGGAACAGGAGACUCUCAUUAUGGAGGUACAGCAGGCAAAUCUUCAACAUCUGUGUGAUGAUUUCAUGUCAACAUGGAGCAAAAUCUCUGAAGAGCAUUUGCAGUAUGUUUGCAGAAUUAAGAAGGUAAAAAGACCCAGUAAUAGCAAGGUGUACCUAAUAAAGUGGCUGAUGAGUUUAGUCUUGUUGGUGUUUCCCCAUACUUUGCCACAAAGGUUAUUUAAUAUAGAUUUAGUCAAUAUAAAGUUGUAAGAAAUCUAAGAAAUGAGGCAUAUUUGUUCAUAAGGUUCAUAACUCUGUUCUUUACUCCUGCAGUCUAUACGAGUGUUUUAUUUUUUCCACGGUCAAGUUCUUUAAACGACGCAGUUGCUCAGCAUAUUUUGCUCUUACAUAAUCCUGUUUGAACAGCGUUUGAUUUUCUUCGGUACCAUCUGAGAGCCUCUUUAAUCCAACUGUCUCUCUGUCACAUGCAAAAUAAACUAGACGCAGAAGAAGGAUCCCACUUUGUUAAACCCACAUGUGAAAAGUGAAACAUCGAGAGGUGCGAUCAAGACGCCGAAGGUUUGUGGUUUAGGAUCAAUCAGCACAUUUUUUUUAAUGCAUUUCAGAUGACUGGGGCUAAUAGGAUUAUGAGAAGUCCUGGGGGAGCUGCAUGUUAGUUACAAUACUAGAAGGUGUCAGCCCAGUGAUUACCAGGUGUGAGGCUCACCUAUGAGGAUUAGUCAGAACCUCUAAUGGAUGGCAGGUUGUGACCACGGAUAACAAGGAAGCAAAUCGCAGCCCUGUCGUUGUGGAAAAUGCUUUUCCACCAGGUUAAAAAAAAACGGAGGUUCUAGUUUCCUUGGCAACUUCUUGAAUCUGAAUAUGUGCAAAAGCAGCUCUGAACUUCUUGCACCACCAAAAAGCAUAAAGAUCCUCUGAUUUGGAAAUUGCUAACCCGUGUCAGUCUGACUUUGAAUUUCUUACAUUGUGUGUCCUUUGCUUCUUAUCUUCGCCUCAAAGCUUUUGAGCACGUAAUCAGUUAAAAGAAACCUUGUCUACCAGCCAGACUUGUCUGAUAGAGGCUGCAGAUUAAAGUGGCACCAUAUGCUUGGGAAUGAAGUGCCCCCUCCCACUGCCAUGCUAGAGCUUAUUACUGGGCCCCUGUGUCACUGUCAGCAGCUAAUUGUUCUUGUGGAUUGAGGUGAUGAGGGGGAACAACUCCCCUGUCUUGUCCUAAAUGCCGGGUCAUCUUUACUCUUCUUGCUCUGCAAAUCAAAGCAUUUCCUUGUCCAAACACACAAUAUGUGUAUUUACAGCCAGCUGCCAGGCCUAGCACUUACACUACCCUUGUUCAAAAUGCCUGCAUCUAAGCAGAGGGAGCCAGGAAAAGAAAAGCUCCGGAGUAUAUAAAACCGUUGCUUUCUUUCUAUGCCCUGACCAUGCCCCAUAUGGCUCAUUUCAUGGAUGCUGGAGAGUCUGAUUGAAGGGCUGAAGAGCAGAACUGAUGUUCUUUAUACACAGUUAGCAAAGUGGGAGCCAAGUCUGGAGCAAGGUUGCAUGAGGGAAAAGGAAAUAUGUAGGAGAUAGGAAAAUGAUUUGUUCGAGUGUAACAGAGUGCACUUUGUGCCACAUUGUGCUUCGUGACAAAAGAACAGGAAAGAUUUCUUUCCAAAGAAACCUUAAGGUUAUAUCAGGGAUUUCCACCAUUUCAUACAAGUACCCCAGGGGGCACCUUUGCAGCAGCUAAGCAGUAUAUGAAAACAUUAAAUCAGCUAAUCGUAAAAUGUGGACCUUAAAAAGUUUCAGCAGAAAUGUUAACAGUUAACGAAAAACAAUGGUAAGUAAAAGACAAACAAAUAUUAAAAUACAUGAGUAAUACUAGUCAGUACUGUUAAAACAGUUAAUACAGUUCCAACACUGGUAACAGUAUAUCUGUAAUCUGUUAAAAAAUGUGCGAAGAACUAACUGUCAAAUGUUUUGGCUACAGAUCAGCAAGAGAACAAGGUGGCUACAUUUAAUGGUUAAGUACAUGAAAUACACUGUUGUGCAAAAGUCUUGAGCCACCCCUUGUUUCUUUAUAUAGGUGCAGCGAUUUAUUGAAACAUGAAAUACAGUCAAAAAGGCAAAAACAGAGUUUGUACAAUUCUAAUGAGCCUGAAAGUCAACGUGACCGCCUUCAUUCUUCAACACAGCCUGAACUCUUCUAGUCAAGCUUUCUUGUCAUUUCUUUAUGUAGUUUCAGGAAUUGUUCUCCAGACUUCUUGAAGGACAUUCAAAGCUCUUCUUUGGAUCUUUGCUGUCUUUUGUUCAAUUCUCUGUCAGGAUGAUCCCACACUGCUUCAGUAAUCCUAAUGACUCAUAGUAUUUCAUGGUGUUUUUUUCUAUCCAGGUAUGUACAUUUUCUUAAGAACAUGUCUUUCACAAUCUGCCACUUAUUCAAGUUUUCAAUUAAUAGUUUCUUUUCAAAUCAUCUUCAAAAUUACAAAAUAUACAGUUAAAAAUACAAUUCAAAAUGUAAAACUGUUAUAUGCUAUAUAUAACGAUAUGACUGGUUUAUCCCUUGAAUCAGGUGCGUUUUUCACUUUGAAAUGAUUCACAGGUAAGGAUUAAGCAGCUAAUCAGACAAAAAAGCAUUCUCCUGAAAAUGGUCAUGUACAGUAGAAGGACUGGACUGAAAAAGAGUGGAAAACCAUAAAAGACCUUUAAAAAGAUUAGGAGAAAGUCUGGCAUGUCCUCCUUCCUUUAAAGAAAUGAGGGGUGGCUCAAGACUUUUUUACAGUUUUGUACAACUGAUGAAAAUCAGUAAGAAUAACACUGGAAUUGGUUUAUACAGACAGCCAACAGUUCAAAAUUUGAACAAAGCUAUGGCGAGUUUGCCUCUGAUGUCCUCUUAUCCAAAGGUGUCACAGGAGCUGACAUUUCAUUGUAAGCUAGUCAUUAACCACCUCUGGGAGAACGCCUCAAAUAUGAAAAUAUCAGCACUUGUCACCCACAAUUAGACAGAGAGGCUUAUACAGUUUCCUUCCAUUCUCUCCCCCCAUCUGCCUCUCUAGGCUCGGAGAUUUGUGUCUUCAGAGGCUAAAAAGCUGCCUGGUAAUCUGAGACAGCAUUAAUAGAGAAUAAGAUGGAGCGAGGCGACCCCACAAAUUAAUUACUAUACACAGAGCGGCAAAAAACAAACAAACUGUCAAGUGACACAGUGGGAUUUUGUUUGUUUUGUGAUUGUGUUUGUUUGUGAAUGUGUUUGUGAUGCUGGUAACGGUGUCAGGUACAUCACCAUGGAGACUGUGGCUUUAUUGUGUGGGGAGGAUGUUGAUGCUGGAGCUGGCAGCAGACAGAAGCAACGUUGUAGCAACAGCAAAGUCUGACUGGACAGCAACUGGACAGAUAUCAGUUUUGUUUUUUUAUAAACAAGGCCCGUUUAAAAAAAUUGAUGUGGGCCUUGCCCGUCUCUCACAUUUCCACCCCGACAAAUUGAAGGCCUGGGACCGCUCGCCCACAAGAUCCAUGUUCACACCCAGAUUAUCUCAUAUACAGAAUAGCAGUGCAGUGAAUGAAAGGCAGCACGAACCCAAUGAAACUGCCGCUGAAGCUGCUGGAACGACUCCCCUCCUCUCAUCCCCUCUGCUCCCUCGCAAAAGAGGAGAGUGAGGGUGUCCUUUGGGGAGAAGGGAUGACUUGACGUUUUGGGUUUGUCAGAAGCCGCAAAUAAAUUGGACUCACUGGUCGCUCCACGGGCUGUUUGGGCUGUAAACACACUGCAGCUCGAUAUGUCAAACAUGCUGUAGUAACUGCAGUUCUUUUUCUGCUCCCUUUCAGCGCUGUAAUGAGAGUUUAUGCAUCUGCUGCUGCUGUAAUAACCAUAUUUUUCUUGUUUCCUCUGCAUAAUGUGCUCUUGCAGGACCAUAUGUAUGUUUUUGUAAAUGUAGGCUCUGUCAUUUUAUAAUCCUAAAAUCUCUCUAUUGGCUUAGGCAGCACGUGUAAAUACAGAUAACAAGAUAUCAACAAGAGUUAUACAUUCCUUUAGAAAUUAAUGCAUUCGAACCCCUGUGUGUUGCAAACAUCUAAUCCAUUAUACAGUAAGUUAAUUGUAUAGUACUGUCUUCUGCACUGAGUCUGGAUGUUAACUGCUAGUGAAUGCGCAAUGGGAUUUUAUUUGAACUGAGCUGCACAGACAUAGCUAAAAACAACAACAAAAAUAACCAUAUAAACAAGUAUUUGGCUCCUUCAUUUUCAUAGUAUUUUUACAUGACUGUUUCAUUUCCAAACAUCUGAGGCUCUAUGAUGUCUCCCAUUGGUUAAUGAAGUCCUGGUCCGGGCGUUGACGAUGAAAAUUUUAAUGAAAAUUUGUUAGCCAAUGAGCAAACCCUGUUUAUCUCCUUCUCUAUAGAGAUAUAGCAGCACAGAAGUUUAAGAUGCAAUUUUAAAAGGUAAAAUUAAAAUAAAUAUUAAAGCAGUAUGUUAUGAGCACACAUCCCAAAUCCCCUCUAAGCACUUGUGGGAGCAUUUUGAAGUAGGAAGAGUUUAUCUCAGGUCCCGCCCACUUUGCGCCGCCAGCAGUUAUUUGCCCCGUUGUUGAAUGCUAUUCGUUUUCUACAGUCUCCGGACGCUCCGUCGCUGUGGAUCGCUUCCAGGGUGGAUGCUGCUUUGAUGUCUCCGGUGGGGACAGAGACAGCAUGUUUUAUUUAGUAGGACUUUAAACUAGUGAAAUGAGCCCAGGAAGUCAGGAAAGUGUUUGCUGAGGUCAAAGAGUAAGGGCCCGAGAGCCAUUUUCUCAUAGACAGCCCGAGUUCGUUUUUGAAACCAAUUAAUUGGCCAUUUAAAAAAAUGCAUGCUAAAUCCACUCACACAGGCUUCUCCUUUCAGACCAGGAAGAUGCAGCAUCUUUUAUACACAGUCUAUGGUCCUAGCCCUCCUCUGAAAUGCGAUGCUAAAGUUAUAUUACAAGCAUCAAAAUUAUAGAACAACCAGCAGCUACGUUGGCACCAAGUCCCUGCAGCUGUAGCGAUUCUCAAUAUCAUCCCUGGGCUUCUUGUGUGUGAAUAUUGAAGCAUUUGAUGGCUGAAGCUUCUUUGCAUCUUUGCACUGCUGAACAUAGUUGGUCAGCUGCCCGUUUGUAGCUUCAUGUCACUGACUUUAUCGAAAAUGAUUUGAAGCCAUUCUGCAUUGGUAGUGUGAAGUGGAUGUUUUCUGUAUCCACAAGAAUGCGAGGGUCGUGAUUAGACUCGUGGACGCCUGCAAGCUCUUCAGCUUUUUGUGACAACACAGUUAUACUAAGUAGCAUGCUAAGGAGCAUAGCAAGAACAAGGUAUUAUAACAAGAACAACAAAGCACCUGUGGUUUUUGCAGCUGUGUGUGUACACAGCAUAAUCCCAACCUUAGAGGGCAACUGGCUCAUGUGGGAGGCCUGUCAAGUAAUUCAGUUCACUCAGGCCUUCCAGGUUAUAAAAGCUGGACCAUUUCUCUGCCUCCUCUCCUUCCACCUGGGUUUAAUUUUUUGUGUUUGCACUCCAAAGCGCAGAUGACAUUUAUUCAUCCAUUGACUAUUUGCAUUGCUGAUAUUGCUGAGGCCGACUUCCACAGCUUAAAACACGUAAAUGUAAUUUACAGACUGUAGUGAAUGUCUGGAAUGUGUAAGAAAUUUAUAGUUUGGUUUGCAUGUUUUAGAUUAUGGUUAGCUGUGUUGUUAUAGUUAUCAACAGAAACAAUGUGCAAAAAAACCACUGGAAUGGUCCUUUAAAUUGAGACGCAAACAAAGCUUUGUCAUUAGUGGCAAACAAUUCCUCUCCCGCACAACUGUCAACACACAAACUCCUAAAAUAAUGUCCGUGAGGUUUGGUUGCCACCUCUGCCUUCCCCUGGGGACUCGCUCCAUUCUUCACUCUUCAACUAAUAAUAGAUGCUACUGCUCAUGCCGCCAUAUUGUCCCAUGUCCGGCAUCACAGAGAAGAGAGAAGAGGUGGAAUGAUGGAGGCAGAGACACGGAGACACCUACAAAUUUGCUCCCAGCCCGCUCGGUUUCCCCGCGGGGCCAACCAUCUGACAUUUAACUACGCUAGCUGUAAACAGGCCACUGGAAUGCCAUUGACAUUCAUUUUGUCUGGAGCAGUUUGUUUGCUUUUGUCACUCUCCUCAUUGGUAAGCCCUGGGAUUUUCUUCCAAAAAUUAAAUGCAAGCCCAGAGCAGCUAACAACGACUAAUAUCAAUCAUUUUGUUCACUGGUCAUCAAAGGAGUUCAUGAGUUAUUUUGGUUGUUGUGUACAUAUAAAGACAAAUAUAUACUGAUACUAUUCCAAAAAUUAUACAUUUAGAUUUAGGUGUGCAGAGAUCAGAACUCAAGCACCUACUUGCUGGUAAAUUAUAGGUAUUUUUCACAAUAUUCAGCCCUGAAAAUAUGUAAAUAUGUGGAGUGAGCUGAACAUACUUUAAAAAAACUGUAAAUUUGCUGUUUUUAUGUCAUUACUUUGGCAGAAAUCUUGACCUAACUUAAAAUCUCUACUUACAAAAUCAUUGUUAAAAUGAAGCAACUGCUGCCCCAGCUCCACUGCAUGGAUGAGAGGCACUUAUGUAAAUUUUUUACAUAACCUCAUCCAAGGUCAGAAUGACAUCUGAGCAACUCUAAAGGAAAAACCUUAAAUUUGUCUAAUCAAAAGUGUAAAUUAGAGAGUAAGCCAGUACACUGACUAAAGUACUGGCUGUAUAUGUAUCAUUUAUUAAACCGAUACUUUACUAGAUUAAUUAACUGGCCUAUAAAUACUGGAAACUGGAUGUCAGAGAUCUUGAAGCUGAAAACAAAAAAUGUAUUGAACUAAAUCUUGUGUGGAGGGAAAUCACUAUGAAUCAUAUAAAUUAGGUUUUGAUUCAUGUUAACCUGCUUCAUCCAUCCCAAAGCCAGUUAUGAUGUGUGUUUGGGAUCAUUGUCCUAUGGGGAAACCCAACUGUGCCCAUUAACCAUUUAACUGUUGAUUUGAGGUUAAGUUGAAGAAUUUGGAGGUAGCCCUCCUUCAUUAUUCCCUCCACUUUGUGCAAUGGUGCAGUACCACCGGCAUGAUGCUACCACCACCAUGCUUAACAGUUGGUACGGUGUUCCAGAAGGAUCUGACUUGUCCAAGCGAGCAGCUGCACAUUUUAGGCAAGCUUGAAGGUAUUUUGAAGCAAGAUCUUCCUUCUUGGUCCAUACUCUACCAGUUCAUGGCAGGCUUGAGCCUUGGUGGUUCGUUUGUUGUUCACAGUUUGGGUGUUUUUCCAGAUCCAAACUGUCUUUUUGAUGACUCCUCAUGAAAGUUGCCAUUCAUGUCCAGCAAACAAACCUCUGAGUUCAAAGUUUAAUGACAAAUUUAUCGCAGUAUAAUUUUUUUGAUUAAAAAUCUUGUUUAUUCCUCCAGAUACUUAGUUACAGUCGCUUGUUAACUAUUUUCGUGUAGAUUUUUCUGUAAUUUGUCACUCGUUCCUUAUUUGUCUUAAAAAUUUAUGAUAAUCCCGUGUAAUUAUCCGAUGAAAACAGCAAUCAUUUUUUAAACAUUGUUAAUUUUCUCACCUGUUUCAUGUAAAAACUAAGAGGCGUGGACCAUCUGUGGUUCAUCACUUAAUCAUAAACUGUCUGAGGCACCCGCAGUUCUUGCUCCAUCCCUUGUUUUUAACCACUUCUUCAUUCAUAAUAAACACUGCUGACUGUGUGAGCAGGGGUGUUGCAGAUUUCAUCCAAACCACGCAGAGUCUGCCUUGUUCCUCUGCUGUUUACCUAUUCAUUAAUUCAGCCAUGAAUAAUGGCACGGGAGAACCAAAGCACCUCAUCCUCUGGUAAUUAAAUGUCUAUUGGUGAGACAUUUUUCUCCUGGAAAGCAUUUUUAAAACUGUCACAUGUGCGCAUACACACACUCUGAGAAGCUGCCGGUGGGUGUCCUGGGCUGGCGUUGGUAAUUAGCAUGCUGAGUGGUUGCACUGAUUGCUUCAUUAUUUUUCAGAUUGGCAUCAGCGGGAGAUAUAUGAUGGAUAUUGUUUGAGUGUAAUCCAUCCUAAAGCCACUUAUACAGUACGUGCAUCAAUUUCUUCAGUUGUUGAUGUUGCUUCACACCUAUAGGAACAAGCCCAUGUAUUUAAAAAAUGUUCCUCUAAGGCGCUUGUACCCUAAUCUUGAUCCUCUUGCGUCAGGUUAAAUGGAGCUCCAAACCUCAGUGAAAAUAACCACCAUCAUUGUGUUACUCAGCACACGGAUCAUGUUAUAACUUGUGCUCUCUUGGUUUGGGGUGUUGGAGUUAUGAAAGCGAGGCUUAUUAGCAAGGCUCAGAUCCUGUGUGUUCUGAAGAAAAAAUCAAAAUGGUUUCAGAAUAAUUGGCUUGUUUUGUUCACAGCACUUCGGCCUGACACUGUAAGCAGGACAGCAAUUAUCAACCCAGUUUCACAAGGAUUAUUUUUGUCUACGAAGAAAAUAGUGGCUGCGUGUAAUUGGACAUUUUAGGCACACAAAAUUGAGAAUUUAUAAGGCGCUAGAUGUUUCAUGAAGGCUUUAGUGCAGUACAUUUUAUGCUUAAGUGUUUAUCUAAUAGACUAUUGAUCAAAAACAGUCAAUUAAUAAAUGCAAGAUAGAGGUUUCUAUGGUAACAUCACCCAUUUAUUUGUGGACAACUGUAUUUGAAGCCUGAAGGGUGUUAUUUUGGCCAUUGCAGUAUUUUUUUUUGGACCCAGACUUGAACACAUUUUAACUUAAAGGUUAAAUGUCAAGUUAUUAGCUAAUGCCAGUUAGCUGGUUAAUAAAAUGCACAAAGUAUGCAUGCAACACAGAUAGAAAUAUCUGCUACUAACCGGGGAUAGAAUAUAGUACUGUGCAAAAGUCUUGAACCACCCUUCAUUUCCUUAUAUUUUGCUUUGGAGAAUUGGGAAUGUUAAAAUGUGCAGACAUACAGGACAUACAGUAUGUAAAGCAAAAACAAUGUGUUCACUUCUAACAAGCUUGACAGUCUGUAUUUGGAACAUUUUUAUCCUUUAACACAGCCAGAAAUCUCUUAGAGAAGCUUUCCUGUCAUUUCUUUAAGCAGGCUUCAGAAAUAUUUCUCCAAGCUUCUUUAAGGACCUUCAAAGCUCUUCUUUCUAGUUGUUUCUGUCAUUUGUUCUGUUUUCUGUCAAGAUGAUUCCACACUGCUUCAGUGAUGCUGAGGUGCAGACUCUCGGGAGGCCAAUCCAUGACUGAUUUUGUUCCACUUUGUGCUUUUCUCCAUUGGCAGUUGUUUUUUGAGGGGGGCAUUGACAUACAAAAAGUAAAGCUGUUCCCAAUCAGAUGCAUUUGAGAUGGUACUGUAUGGUGGAUCAAAGUCUGUUGGUUCUUUUCUGUGUUCAUAAUUCCAACAUCACUGGGUGAAAUGCAGCCCCAAGCUAAGACAAAGCCUCCACUGCGUUUUACAAAUAGCUGUAGAAACUCAUUGUUGUACCGCUCUCCUGACUUCCUCAACAUAUAUAGCCAACUACAGAUUUCAACCAGAUAUCUCAAAUGUGGAUUCAUCAUUCCAUCAGCGCUGUUGCCACUGAUUUUCAGUCCAGUUCUUGUAUAUUAUAUUGCAUAUCUGGCAUACCUUAAGUUUACUUCCUGUUUCCCUUCUUUAAGAUUGGCUUCUUGGAAGCCACCAACUGAGACCAUGUCUGAUCAGGCUUCAGUGAACAGUAGAUGGAUCAACUGAACACGACUUUCUGAUAUUUUUCUGCUGGAGAAAUGACAAGUAUUCAGCUAAAAGCUCUUUAGGAAUCAUUUUGUUGGUGGAAAAACACAAUUGUAUGCCUGUCAAACUGGCUUUUUAUAUAGAUUCAUAUAAAGGAAUUAGAACAAAUUGUGUUUUUGUGAGUAACAAAGUGCCUAAAGAUACUAUUUAAAAUGGGUUAUUUGCUAAGUUGUCUUUUAUUUGUAGAUACAUCACUGGUUCAUCCCUUGAGUUAGAUACUUUUUUAAAGAUUGAGCAUUUCAUAGGUCCGUGCUAAGCAGCUUUCCAACAAAAAUAUUCCUCUGAAAUGGUCAAAACUCUGAGAGACCUUCAGAAAGCCUGGAGAGCUGCUGCCCAAGAACACUUUUAAAAUAACAACAAGAAAGUCUGUCUCCUUGGAAGCAAAGUAUAAAGAAAUGAGGGGCGGCUCAAGACCUUUGCACACUAUUGCACAAAUAAAAUAAACAUUAAAUUUCACUCACUAAACAAACUAGAGCACAGACUUAUUCCUGGAAGUACAGCAAACCGCACAGCAAGUCAUGUGACUCAUCAGAUAAUUGGAUAAAAAUAUUUCUAAAAAGUCGCAUCCUGUUGAGAGGUCCAAUUUAGCGACUUGAAUUUUUAGAGGAGAAGCCAUCUUUCAUCCUCUGGCAGCUGGGAUAGGUGCCAGUCCUCUCAUGACCCUGUAUUUUUUAAGAUUUUAUACAGAGUCAUGUAAAAAAUUAAUCCAUUUCAGUAUGGGAAUGGACUGUCUCCAUUUAGAUACAGCUUCAAGUGGCCAUUCAAGGAACAUCUGUUUUUUAAACAACUUGUAUAUAAACAUUUUCUUCCAUUUAUCUGGGAACGACUCGCAGGAGCAGCAGUCUAUCUGGGGGAUCACUAAGAGAGAUGUAAUGUGUGGGACAUGCCCAGAACACGUCACCCAGGAGGUGCCCGGGAAGCAUCCUUAUCAAAUCCCCGAACCACCUAAACUGGCUCCUUUUGAUGCGGAGGAGUAGUGGCUCUCCUCUGAGCCCCUCUCAGAUGACUGAGCUCUUCAGGUAGGUAUUUUAAGGAAGAGGAAGAGGCCAGCCACCCUUCAGAGAAAAAUUAUUUCCACUGCUUAUAUCUGCGAUCUUGUUCUUUCGGUCACUACCCAGAGCUCGUGACCAUAGGUGAGGGAUGCAGAUCGACCAGUAAAUUGAGAGCUUUACUUUUAAUGCUCACCUGCCUUUUCACCAUCAGCAUCACUGCAGCUGUGCUCCCAACCCGUCUGCCAAUCUCUCGCCCUCUUCUCCCCUUACUGGCGAACAAGAUCCUGAGGUACUUAAACUCCCGCACAAACAAAUGCGCAGUUAGAUAAACUAAGAUGGUAAACGUCUUUUCCAUUUUUCAUUAUUUGUUAGUGAAAAUAGUCGUUUAUAGCUCAAUUGGAAGAAAGACUGAUGAAUGGAUUGCCCCUCAUUGUGUACAGAUUUCAGUGAAACCUGUACACGAUGAUCACCUAAUGGGUCUUCACUCAAAUUGCAAGGUCAGGAUCAUGUUUGUCAUUUUGUGGGCAGAAAUCUGCAAACUGUGAUGGAUCAUGGAUCUGUUCUUUUCCCAUGACUGGAGAGAGAGAAAACACCUGCUUGAUACUUUGUCAGUUUCCGCCACUUCUAAUUUGUCGUUUGCUGCUUUCCCGAUUACAGCGCCGGCAUCAUCGGGCGCUUUCUGCUCAGUGAUAUUGAUCCAAAUGUUGUGUCAAACAUGUUCCUCUCUGACACCUCCUGCACUGCAACCGGAGUCCCACCAGACCAGCAUCAGCAGGAUCUCACUUUAAAAUGUCAACCCUGUCAGGCCUCCAAGCCAUCAUAUCGUCUGUCAUCUCUGAGUGAACAUCAGCCCCAGAGCUGCAGGAGAUGUUGAUUCAAGUCAUUACAGCUGCUCUGCUUGCUCCUGCAGUGGCUGGAAGGGAGAGGUCACCCCUGUGAGGACUCUAGGGCGCUCUCAGGGUGUGCCCUUCACGGGCAUGUUUGGGUGCUGCAGUACGCACAGUUUUAGUCUUUAAUUGCCUUAUUAGAGCUUUAGUCUGUUUGGUGAACUGAGCAACCGGGGUGCUCAUCCAUAAGUAAAUUCUCCCGCUUCAGGCCAAUUGUCCUGGUCGUGUUGUUGUAGAGCGCAUCUGCCUUCGCCUGUCACUCUGAAUAACAAUAGGUCUAAUUGAUGCAGUGUCUGUGUGUGUAUCAGCAUACAGCGAGCCAGACACACUCUACACUAGAAGCUCUUGGAGUUAAUCCGUCUCACUAAUGGUGGUGGGUAAGGGGGGGGAAGGAGGAGGAGGAGAGAGGAGAACAAUGCGACAUCUUUCCCUCCGUCUCUCUUGCUGUUUGGGCUCCGGACACGUGGUCAUCACCCGGCGGGAAAUCUGGGGACCUUGGAUGUUCUGUACGGAUGUUGCUCCUCUUGUUCGCUCGUCCCAGCUGGCUCUCAGCUCUCUGCUGCACCACUCAAGGAAACGAGAGAACCAUGAGCACUGUGGAGGAGGAGCCGGAUCACAUGAUACCAUGAAGACAAGCCUACAGGUCCUGCGCUGCCAGCUGCUGAGUGUUCUAGCAUUCCUAGCACUGCCAGCAGGAAUGGUGUCAUCAGCACAGGAGCUGUACCUCAGCCACACAUCCCAGGACUCUGUCUACAUGGCAGUCACACACAGCAGCCCCCUGUCCUCGCCCAAACCUCCACCCCUGGACUGGCAUCAGGAGGGGUCGAGUAGCGGGGAAUGGUCACCCAAAGGCAUGCAACCCACAAAUGCCCUCCUUCCUACGUCUGCUCUUCCCCCUUUACACUUGCAUCGGCUUGCCCAAGCUUCCAACUUAGCUCGUGAGGAUCCUCCCAGUUAUGACAGAGUCACCCCAAACACUGUGAGCACUGGCAGUCAUGUGAAUCACCCCAAAGAGCCCAGCUCUGAUGUUGUAAACAGAAGUCUCAUGCACAAAUUGGUCAGGGCCCAUAACCCAGUUACAGUCAGCACUAACCAGGCCAGCAGCAGCAGCAGUCCUAAAUUUCCUAAUGCAGAGAGGCCAAAUAUAGAUGUGGAAUCUGCUGCUAUAGGGGCCCCAAACCCCCUAGCACCUCUGUCCAGCUCUGGAGCAGAAAAAGGGGAUGCACUCGAUGCAAACCACACAGGGCCUCAGAAGCUGAGUGUAGAGGAACUCGGGCAGCGGUAUGCUCCACGCCUGCAGCCCCCCUCUUCACUCUCAGUCGAUGCUGAUGCUGCACGAGGCCUGAAACUCAGGAAUCACGCUGUAGGAUCCCCGCACCACGCCAUCACCCUUCGCGAGGUGCAUGGAGUGGACGAGCCCCCCACUGCUCAGUUGGUUGUCACUGUCAAGAGCCCACCACAGAUUCAAACUUUCACUGCGUCCAGCGCCCCGUCCACCGUGACGGGCGUCACAACACAGAAUUCAACACUCACGCCAGCCACUCGCACUGCAGCGAACGACAUCCCCACUGUGGAAAGUCAGUCUCAAGGUUCUGUUCAAGGUAACAGCACUGACCUGCUAGGGAAUGCAACUGCAUAUGGGGAGCACUUCUCCAAGAGCACAUCAGUCAAGAUGGAACAGCAGGCAAACAGCUCAGAGCCCACUUCCACAACCAGCGGGAACUUCCAGAUCACACAGUUGCCAAUCACCACCCUGACACCUGGCCACAACCCAGGCACUGCUAUCGACUCCACGUCAUCCCAAAAGGACAUCUGCUUUAGCAGGAUGGCCAUUGUGUGGAUCGUGCUGGCCAUCAGUGUGCUCGUGUCCUCGUGUUCUGUGCUGUUGACUGUGUGCUGCAUGAGGAGGAAGAAAAAGUCUUCAAGUCAGGAGAACAACCUCAGUUACUGGAACAACGCCAUCACCAUGGACUACUUCAGCAGACACGCCGUGGAGCUGCCCAGAGAGAUACACACUCUGGAGAGUGAGGAUCAUGACACCUGUCUACCCCCCAAUGGAGACUACAGCGGCAGCAGUGUGGUCCUGGUUAAUCCUUUCUGCCAGGAGACCCUCUUCAUCAACAGAGACAAAGCUUCUGCCAUAUAGAGACACAGAGGGGCGAGAAGCUCUGCGGAUCCUCGUCCUCCUCUCCCCCUGCUGUUCUUGUCUAUUUUAUAUAUGUGGUAAAUAUUCAGAGACUUCGACUUUAUACUGUAUAUCACAAACACAAAGAGCAACCUGAAAGAAGCGCGGCGUAAACAGACGCUUAUUUACUACGAGGAUGCACCUGCGUAUUUUUCUGAUGUACAUUUUCUACAAAAGGCUUAAUUGUGAUAAAGGUUUUUAUUGUCUUUAUAAAAUUACAGAGUAUAUGUGGUUUUGUUUCUUUGCAGUGGCUUGAUGGUGAGUGCACUGUGGAUGUUGCCACACAAAAUCUGCUUUAGAGAGAGACACAUGUGCUAUAAAAAAGAUUAAAGCUGUUCUUUGUAAGUUUAACUUUCCUUUAAAAUCAAUCCCUGAAUACUUACAGCCUGCUGAACUUGAAUAAGCACCUAGAUAAGUCGGGGGGAGGAGAGGCAGGGAUAUGUGGAGGAAUAAUGGUUGUGAAAUCUGAGCCUGUAUUUAUCAAACUUACUAAAAAUGAUCAUUUAGAACUAAAAGUAAAGACUGGCAUUAAAAUGACUCAACCCUUAAGAGUGGCUUUCAAAUGAUCAGUUUGCUCAGACUAGUCAGAUACACAGAUUGACCCGACAACUGCAAGAUUUUACCCAGUACAGCACAUUUUAAUAUUAAAAAUGUAUGUUCUUUUAUCUGGGAAUUUUCUAAUUAAGAAGAUGAUUAAACAUCCAUCUAUUUUUUUUGGCCAUUUAUCCAGCUCAGGUUCACUGAGAGGUUGGAGCCAGUCAAUCACAGGCCUAAAACACAGAGACAGACAAGCUUUGCCAGGUAUCGAGGGGACUAGGGGGUCUGAGGGGACGGUGUAAAGCUGUAGUGGCAUCCUGGUUAUUAAACAUACACAAAAUAAAACAUUAAAAUUAAUUUGUAGAGUCAAUACGUUUCUAUUGUGAAAGUAAGAAUUAAACCUCACGGUCACAGUUUAAGCAAAGCAAUAAAAACUCGCUAAAGUGAAAAGAUGUUUCUGGGAGCUGGGCCCUUUAUGAAUUCACUGAUUCACUUUGGUUUUUAAAAAAAAUAUUAUUCUAAACAGAAAUUUAAACAUUAGAUGAAAUCAGGUAUACAGCUGCUACACUUUGAGGUACAUCCUAGGAAUUAUAUCCCAGCUAAGGGGCUUUGACGCAGGCAGCAGUGCGUGAUGAUUCCAAACACCUUAGCCUCAGAAAAACAGUCAAAAACAGUGAAGACCGGAGCUGUGCUGUGCAGCAGACAGUGAUAGCAUGGAAACACACAAGUUCACCAGUUCUGCAGUUCGUUUUUAGGUGAAUUUUAACCCUCGGCAGUUUGAUAAAUACAGGCUUGGAUCUUAUCGGUCAGUCUAAGCAGGUCUUUGGGCGAUGUGGAGUCCAGCAUCCAGCAGUUUUGAAUAGCAGCUUUCAGCUCUCAAUAAAAAAAUGGAGCGGACUUAAAAUGGCCUUCCCCCCUCAUGCGUCACCAGCUUCUCCGAAGAGGGACCACAUAGAUGUCUUAAUUCCUUACGUUGGCCCUUUAUAUAUCAGUAUGCGUGUGCAUGUAGGUGCACUGAAGCGUGCGUGUGAGCAGGCGAGCUGCGACGUGCCGCCCCCUUUAACCAAAUGUCACGGUUACUUUAAAGUUUAAUUGAGACUCUGCGCGACGUUCAGCUCAGUUUUUGUGCGUCCGUUCCUGUGUGUGCCUCUGUUUGUCCCGUCUGUUUGUCUCUCGUGUAUAUCGUGGAGUAGCUACCGGUCAUGUGAGAGAAAGAGUUCCUCGCUGCUGUUGGAAACAUUUAGACCACCUUGCUACUGUAAGUGUCUCCCUCCAUAGACGGCGUGUUUAUCCAGUAUUGCAAACCGUGUCAAAGGCUGUGUUAGAGGCAAUAAAAACAAAAAAUUAAAAAUAUAUAUAUAUAUACUGAGACAAAUGAAGAAUGCUGUGAGCACGUACAGAGGCGAUUUAAUCAAAAGUGCGUUUGGAUAUUUAGUUUCAUUAUUAAAUCUGUGGUCCUUCUGUCAUUUGUUCUUACUUUUGCAUCGCUGCCGUUUUAUUCAGUAAUCAAUGCUGUCUGCCUCUACUGUCGCUGAAGAUUCUCCGUAUUGUAUGAUGUUGUUCUGAGAUCACCUGGUGAAGAGGUGAUGGCGAACAACACAGCUAAUUGAUAUUUCCCGCAUUGGAUGCUCACAGCCGGGCUUGUUGUUUUUUUGCACGCUCAAAACGUGGAUAUUUUACAAAAAUGUUCAGUGGCACGGUGGAGCAGUGUUCAACAUUAUGUAUUUUUUGUACUGUCGUAUACACACUGUACUUUUUACUGCUGAGCAAUAAAACAAUGGGGAAAAAACCCAUGGAUUA